UCGACGCUCCCGCCGCGCCCCUUGCCUCCCCGGGCGGCUGCGCCCUGACUCGCGCUCCGGGCGCCGGGGGCUGCACGAGCCUCCCCGCGGAGCAGUCCUGACCCGGCUGGCGCGGGUGCCCCCCACUCCAACCCUCUCGGGAAGAGCUGCCGGGGCUGCAAUUUGGAGCCGAGAGAGGAUCCUGGAUUGACUCUAAAGUCAACCAGGCUUGGUCCAGAGCUCGAAGUGGCCACCCCAUCCUCUUCAGCUUCCGCCUCCCUUGUGGAAACAAGAAACCACCUGGCACCGCCGAACUUCGCGGUGGCCGUGUAUCUUCUGAGGCCUUCGGGACUUGGCCGGACAGUACCUGAGCUCUAGGGAGGGGGAGACCCGGACGCGGGCGGCGUCGCCGUCACCCACUGGCUUGGCAGGACUGGCCUCCUCAUGGUCUUCGCCCCAGGACACCAGGAGGGUUUGCGGUUCUGAGACCACGCUUCCCUCCUUCCUGAGAAACAGGACGUUGUGUAUCCAUUCUGAGCAUCACUUUCCACCAGGCGCCGCGCUGGACCCUGAGGAGGAGGACAAAGCGGUGUGAACCAGGGUUUCUGAAACUCCGCUGCAGCUCUGAGUCUCCGGAGCUUUUCAAAAUCCCCACGCCCAGUCAGCACCCCAGACCAAUUGCAUCAGAAUCUCCCGGAAUGGGAUACAAAACAUUCAGAUUUUUUAAAGUUCAAGGGGUGAUUGCAAGAGGACUCAAGAUUGAGAACCAGAGAACCAAAAUAUCAGUGGAGACUGGCUGAGGAAACAGAUACUCUAGUACCUAGAAAAAUACUAGGCUUAUUAGUUUGAUGCUCAGAGGAUUAACUGUUAUUUUUGUUUUCACUUCUACAUUGUAUGAAAAAUUUAUCUCUGUUACUUAUGAUACUUAGGCAGGGAACUACUUAGAAUGAGUGAGACAGAGCGUGCCCUCCACUCCUCACUGGUGGUUAGCUCUCAGUUAUUCUCCAGGAAAGAUACCAAAGCGGGAAUGAUGUGAAAGAUGGACUAUCCAAGCUUUAUUCAUUUUUUUUCCCUUGCCAUUUGUGUUACCAAACAGGUUUGUCUAAUUAAGUAAUGAACUCAUGUACUUGAGGAGUCAGCAUACUUUGCCAAGAUUCACACCAACUGAUCGGCUCAUUUUUAGCCUUUGCCUGAAAGAUUUAUUCCUCAUAUGGACGCUCCCAUUCCCCAAUGCUGCAGCUGCACCCGCAUGAAAAUGAACUGCCUGAAUGCUCUGUGGACCCAUCCUGCACAGGAUCAUACAGGGUUUAUCGAUCACCGGAGAUGCAUGACACAUUGUGCCAGGAUGACAUAGUACUUUGUGCUGGAUUUUGAGGCUGGUAUCCUGCAGUAUUUUGUGAACGAGCAAAGCAAACACCAGAAGCCUCGAGGGGCCCUGUCUCUGUCCGGCGCCAUCGUGUCCCUGAGUGACGAAGCGCCCCAUAUGCUGGUCGUGUACUCUGCCAACGGGGAGAUGUACAAACUGAGAGCUGCUGAUGCAAAAGAGAAACAGUUCUGGGUGACUCAGCUUCGAGCUUGUGCCAAAUACCACAUGGAGAUGAAUUCUAAGACGACUCCAAGCUCCCGAAGCCGAAGUCUCACGUUGCUCCCCCAUGGAACACCCAAUUCUGCAUCUCCCUGUAGCCAGAGACACCUCGGUGCGGGGGCCCCCGGCGUGGUCACAAUCACACAUCACAAGUCGCCUGCUGCCGCCCGAAGAGCCAAGAGUCAGUAUUCCGGCCAGCUUCAUGAAGUCAGAGAGAUGAUGACGCAGGUGGAGGGACAGCAGAAGAACCUGGUGCAUGCCAUCGAGUCUCUGCCGGGGUCCGGGCCCCUCACUGCCUUGGACCAGGACCUGCUGCUCCUGAAAGCUACCUCUGCUGCCACCCUCAGCUGCCUUGGGGAGUGCCUGAGCCUGCUCCAGCAGAGCCUGCACCAAGCCGGCCAGCCCAGCCACAGGCCCGGGGCCUCGGAAAGCAUCCUGGGAUGGCACGGGCCUAAGUCACACUCCACAGAGCAGCUGAAAAAUGGGACACUUGGCUCUUUGCCAUCGGCCAGCGCCAGCAUAACCUGGGCCGUUUUACCCAACUCCGUGGAGGAUGAACAAACCUGCCCGCCAGAGCCAGAGCCAAACUCAGGCCCCGAAUUGGUUUUGUCAGAAGAUGAGAAAAGUGACGCUGAAGAUCAGGAAGAGGCAGAAGUGGGCGUCAUGGAGGAUCAGCGCAGUGUAAUCCUUCACCUCAUUUCUCAGCUCAAACUUGGAAUGGAUCUGACCAAGGUGGUGCUUCCCACGUUCAUUCUCGAGAAGCGGUCCUUGCUGGAGAUGUACGCAGACUUCCUGGCACACCCAGACCUGCUGCUGGCUGUCGCCGCAGGGGCCACGCCACAGGACAGGCUCAUCGGCUUCGUGGAGUAUUACCUCACCGCCUUCCACGAGGGCCGCAAGGGCACCCUGGCCAAGAAACCCUACAACCCCAUCAUCGGCGAGACGUUCCACUGCUCCUGGGAGGUUCCCAAGGACAGGGUCAGGCCCAAGAGGACUGCUGCCACUGCUGCCUCCGGCCAGGAACACCCGAUGGCCGACGGCCCCUCCAAGAACUACAAAAUGCGGUUCGUGGCCGAGCAGGUGUCCCACCACCCGCCCGUCUCCUGCUUCUACUGUGAGUGCAAGGAGAAGAGGCUGUGCGUCAACACUCACGUAUGGACCAAAAGCAAGUUCAUGGGCAUGUCCGUGGGGGUCUCAAUGAUCGGGGAAGGUGUGCUGCGGCUCCUGGAGCAUGGGGAGGAUUAUGUGUUCACCCUGCCCAGUGCCUACGCCCGGUCCAUCCUCACCAUCCCUUGGGUGGAGCUCGGAGGAAAAGUCAGCAUCACCUGUGCCAAGACCGGGUACUCAGCGACAGUGAUCUUCCACACAAAGCCUUUCUAUGGGGGGAAGGUCCACAGGGUCACAGCAGAAGUGAAGCACAACCCGACCAACACCAUUGUGUGCAAAGCCCACGGCGAGUGGAAUGGGACCCUAGAGUUCACCUACAACAACGGGGAGACCAAGGUCAUUGACACGACCAUGCUGCCAGUGUACCCCAAGAAGAUCCGACCCCUGGAGAAGCAGGGCCCCAUGGAGUCCAGGAACCUCUGGCAGGAGGUGACCCGAUGCUUGCGGCUGGGGGACAUCGACGCCGCCACCGAGCAGAAGCGGCGGCUGGAGGAGAAGCAGCGCGCGGAGGAGCGGAAGCGGGAGAACCUCCGCACGCCCUGGCGGCCCAAGUACUUCAUCCAGGAGGGUGACGGCUGGGUAUACUACAAUCCGCUCUGGAAGGCACACUAAUGGGUGGAGAUGCAGAGCUUUCAGAAAUGGUCCUGUUUUUGUAGGAAUUAAAGUGGUACAGUAUCAAGGUUCUGCUGGUAUUCCCUGAGACCUCUUGAUAGCAUUCAAGACAUGGUACCUGAGAGAGAAAUUAUGUACUGUGAAAAAUGCACCCCCAGACUCUACUAUGGGAUAGAAUUUAUUCAAGAGCCAUUUGGGGCAUGCGUGUGCACACACGUCUGUGUGCAAGCUCUCGGCACACUGUAUGUUCACACGCAUGUGCUAUGUCUGCUGGAUAUUAUUACACAUGUAAAUAGUGCACUUACCAAUAUUGAAAUGGGUAAUUAUGAGCUCCUUUUUAUCAAUGAGGUUUGAAGUUUUCUACUCUUCACUUUGCCAAAUACUUUUGCACUCACAAAGUAUUCUCCAAUUGACAACUCCUGUCCAAACAAAGGUGAACUGGCGUGGCCCUACUGCUGUCCGUCUGGUAGAAGGUGGCUGUCAUUUCAGAAUUAUCGCUGUGCUUCCCACUCCCCUCCCAAGUCAACAUUUGUUUGUCCAUAUGCAAGACAGAUCAACUGCCAUUUCCUGCUGGAUGGGGAGCGGGCAGGAAGCUGGUAAAGGUUUAUGCCGGAGCAUUCUAGGAUGGAGCACCCUUGGGAGAGCCUAGAGCCAGGCCUACCUUGGAAUGUUCCUCGCAUCUCCUUGCCCCAGAAGCUUUCUGGUAAUUUCUCAUGCUCAAAGCUCUAGUCAUACAAUUUUCAGAAGCUGCUUCUUUCAUGGUAGAAAACAAGUCAUAUGGAGACUGCACUACCUUUAUCCUGAAAAAAGGGCUUUAGAAAUGAAAUACACGCAUGCAUAUACAAACAUGCACCACCACAGCCUCAAUCUUAUAUUUCGUUUGGGGAAAGAGAAGAGAAUAUCCUGUGGAUUUUUUUUAAAGUGCACCUCUCGUUUGACCCGAAUUCUGCAAGGAAACCACUGUGAUUAAAACAUCCAUAAAGCCUGCAUAAGUGUUUCAUGGUUUCAGUUCAGUUUCAGUCUUCAGCCUUUACAAAUGAGGUCAAGACAUGACCAGAAUAUAAAGCAAGGAGAAAAUGAAGUAUUUGAUCUUUGCUCAAUGCUUAAUUUAUUUUUUACUGUGCCACUCUAAUGAGAAUAUUUAUACAAUCCGGUAGCAUGAAUGCUUCUCUGUAGUAAUACUAAUUUUGUGCCUUUUG